AUGAGGGGGCUCCGAGUCCGCUACCAGCUCCUGCCCGAUCAGGACGAGGACCUGCCCACGGUUUGCGAGGACCCAGCCGGAGAAGUGCAGCAGGGCUGGGGAGGAGCCCCAGCAGCAGCCGAGGAGGAGCCCUGCAGGCUGGUGCUGAGCACACCCAGCAGCAUCCUGCGGGACUGGGAGAUGGACGAGCUGGGCCUGCAGCUGCCCCCGCGGCUGGCGCAGCAGCCCUGGCACCUGCUCUACUCCACCGCCCGGGACGGCUUCAGCCUGCGGACGCUGUACCGGAGCGGGGCCCGGCCGGACUCUCCGGCCCUGCUGCUCAUCAGGGACAGGGAGGGGCAGGCCUUCGGUGCCUUCUCCGCCAGCGCCAUUCGCAGCAGCAGCGGCUUCUACGGCACAGGGGAGACCUUCCUGUUCUCCUUCUGCCCCGAGCUGAAGGUGUUCAGGUGGACGGGCAGGAACGAAUUCUUCGUGAAAGGGGAUGUGAAUCUUCUGAUGGUCGGUGGGGGCAGCGGUAGGUUUGGGCUGUGGCUGGACGGGGACCUGAACCACGGGGGCAGCCAGCCCUGCGAGACUUUUGACAACGAGACCCUCUCACACCGGGAGGAGUUCUGCAUCCAGGAUCUGGAAAUGUGGGGUCCGGCCUGA